AUGCGUUCAAAAAGAUCUGAUUCAUCUGCUGGGGGCAGCAGCUCAUCAACAUCUAGAAUACCUGAUAUUGAAGUAGAAUCGGAAGACAAUGUGACGAACAUGAAUGAAGAUGAAAUGAAUCGAACUCCAGAAGAAAAUAAAAAUCCCUCAAAAAUUAAAAGCCCGCCGAAAGUAGAAGUAACUGAAAAAGUGAUCCGUGUUGAGAAAUCUUGUUCAUUCACUCCUCCACCAGCCCUUUCACCAGCUUAUUCGAUUCAAGAACAGAAAGAACAAACUCCGGUGGGAAGUGAAGGAGUAAAUGUGAAAAUGGAAGUGGACAGUGAUGAGCAUGAAGAGGAACAAGAGAUACAAAUAUCGAGCAGUCCGAAAAAACAAGUGAAGAAGAAUGAAGAGGAGGUGAAACCAAAAAUGAAGUAUAAGAAGAAAAGCGAAAAAGACAAAGAUGGUGUUCCAUUCCUCGAUCCGAAUGCUCCAAAACGUAAUCGAUCUGCCUACGUUCAUUUCAUAAUUCAUCGUCGCUCUUCAUAUUCGAAAGCUACAAUGUCUCAACGAGAUAUUAAUAUUUCAUUAGCUGCUGAUUGGCAAAAACUGACAGCAGAAGAGAGAAUUCCAUUCCAUAAAAAGGCUGAAGAAGAAAAAGAAAAGUAUCUAGAAUUGAUGGAAGAGUACAAAAAGACUGAUUCACAUAGAGAGUUUGUGGAGAAACGCUCGAAAUUUCUCACAAAUCAGAAACAUUCUCCUCUAAAAAAGAAACAACGCAAACGAAAGCACGGCGAUCAAGAAUCUGAGGACGAAGAAGUUGUUCAAAUGGCUUUCCCAAAGCCUCAGGUCUUCUGUCCACUUCUGAAUAAACCACAACAGACAUCAGCCUCGUCUUCAAAUGCUACGUCAUCAUCUUCUUCCAGUCUACAGUAUUCCGGACCAAUCUUCACUCCAGAAUUUAUGAGUUACAAUAAGACACGUGAUUCAUACAGAAGACAAUUGGCUGUGGAGAGAUCAAAUGUAGAGCAUGAGUUGGAAGCAUUACUUCAAUACGACAUGGAUGUUAGAAUUCAGAAACAAGAAGAACGGAUCAAAAGUGUGGAUGAGAAAGUCGAGGAAACAAUGGAGAAAAUGAGAGCAAUGUUCAGCAGUGUCCCUGCAGCAAAAGAUCAUCUUGAUUCGAUCGAUUCUCUCAGUGAUUGGCUCACCACACUUACUCGUGCCGGUCAGAGCAGUCCAUCGAAAAAAGCAGUCAAAGAGACUAUUAACAAGAAUGGCAAAGCGAUUAUUGCAUUGAGGAAAUGA